AAGGGAUGCACGCGAGGGGAAGAAAAAUAUUAUAAAAUUAUGAUAAGUUGUAUCAAAGGUGUUUUCAUAAAAAUUUCUCGCCACCUUGGAACAAAGUAACCAACACGUGUACCAAUCUCCCGCGACUGGUGUUCGUGCUAAAAGUAUAAUAACCCGUCGUAUAUCGCCCGGUCGGGGAAAAAUAACGAAGAAAUUUCACGAAGGUGUUACCACGAGUGUGUAUCGCGCAACCGGUAUUUAUCUUAUGAACCUUGAUUAUAAUCGUCCUUCUCCGGGAUCCAGGUGAAAUUCGAGGCAAAAUAUUUACUAUAUCUUCGAGACACGACGGGGCACGUCGCCGAUCACAGUCGUGUUUCGGCUUUAGAACAGUGAUGGAUUUCUACGAGACGAACGUCGUCAAGAGUUAUCGAUUGUUUCUGCUCCUCGUUGGCGUAUGGCCGUACGAAUAUUCGAAAGCGAACGAGAUGCAAAGGAUCUUGUACAUCUUGUGCGUAAUUUCUUUCUUACUCGUUCAGAUUUUCAAAUUGUUCACCGAUGAGAUCAAUUACGCUCUGCUGUACCAGAUAAUUACAAAUACAUUGAUCGUUUCGUUAAUAUUAAUAAAAUAUAUUAAUAUUUGGGUUAAGAUCGGAGAGUUUAAGGAAUUUUUUGACUAUAUAAAGGUCGAUUUGAGCAAGUUGACAGAAAGAGAAAAGAUUAUAAUAAAACGAACGUAUAAGAAAUGUUCGUAUUAUUGUCAGAUUAUCUUUCUACUCGGUUACUUUUUGGUCUUUGUACUGAUAAUAAUCCAAGUAUUUCAAAUCGUUGAUUACAAGAUUGCAUCCUCAAACAGAACAAAUUAUUUUAAUCAAAUAAUUGUAACCGAAUAUUUUAUCGAUCGUGAAAAAUAUUCUUAUCCCAUUUGUAUUCAUUUAAGUAUAACAAUAUUGAUAAUCUCUUGGAUGGAGAUUGGUACCGAUGUAUUACACGCGAUAAUAUUAACGCACAUCAUUGGAAUAUUCGACAAGAUUGGAUACUUAACGAUACAUCUGUUCGACGAACCAGAAAUUACUUGUCAAAAGAUUGACAAAUAUUUAAUUUACUACAAAAGAUUGGUGUACAUCGUGAAUUUGUAUAAGAGAAACUUGAAAUUUUGCAAAAAAUACAAUUCUAGUAUACUUAUAUGUGGAAGUAUUCAAAUAAUUUGGGGAACAUUAAUUAUCUCUGCCUUACUCUUAAAAUUGAGAAACGAAUUAUUGCCACACAAUCUACGAAUAGUGUUUAUAUAUUGUUUUCUCAUAAGUUCAUACUUAAUUACCAUGUACAUGUUAUUGUUACCCUAUCAAAAAGUAUACGAGAUCAGUGAAACUUUGUUCUUCAAGGCAUAUUGCGGACACUGGUACUCAACCUCGGCGAAAACUCAGAAAUUGCUGUUACUCCUUAUGCACAGUUUCAUGACACCGUAUAAAUUCCGAUUUAGAAAUCUCGUAAUUGUGAGCAACCAAAUAUACGUGUCGAUGAUACGAUUCGGUUUCUCCUACUUCAUGUUCAUACAUUCCAUCCAAGAAUAAUCGCGAUCGAAGUUGAGCGUGAUCGAUCAUCCGAUGGAUUUCGCAGGAUCAUCGUGAAUCAUCGUGGACGGAACGGUACGAAGUAUAUGCGGUGUCGGCACGAUAUCACGGACUAAUUAAACCGAGAGGAUAUUGCGUAAGUGUAAUUACACCCCUAAUUGUACGCGCCCUACGCGACCGAUACGCUUUUGUCACGCACCGUGUUGUAUUUCGUAACCGCAAUGCUUGUUGCGUUCGCGGUACGCGAUUAUCGUGUGUGCUGUUCGUGUUCUAUGAGAUGCACCACCGGAAGGAGAGACAAUGUUACUUUGUUACGAGCCGGCCUUUCCAUAUUUUCAACCACACCGAUUAAACGUUAACGAGAAAUGUGAAAAAAGGACGACUUUGUAUUCGCACUAGUAUUCUUAUUCCACAA